AUUUUUCUUAUCCGUUGUAGGUACGUACUUCAAGUACAUCACUCACUCCGGAAAAUAAUCAAUCGUAGAGAUUUUACGUAAACAAUUUAUUUUUAAGCGGCUACCGCGUUCGUUAACCAGUCAAAAUGUUUCCGCCGACUCGAAUAAGAAGUUGUCUUCCAGUUAUAAAUCCGAUGUUUAGACAGAAACUACGUCCUCAUAGGCCGUUCCGUCAGACGGCAACUGUACACGGUAGCCAAACAAAGACAGUUCAACGCAAUAAAUGGAUGAGUUUCCGAUCUAUUAUUACGAGAUGGGUACCUCUAGGAAGUGCUAUUUACGUUGGUUGGUGUUAUAUUCGUGCAAGCAUCAAUUACGAAGUAUCAAAAGUCGAGAUUUUGUUUUACGAAAUGUUCCCUUUCCGUGUUACGAGCAGAAUUUGGGGAAAACUAGCUGCUUGUGAACUCCCGACGUCUAUUAGAAGUUUUGUCUACGGUACGUACAUUAAAAUGUUCAAUGUGAACUUAAAUGAAGCUGAAUACACAGAUCUGAAGUAUUAUAAAAGUUUAUCCGCAUUUUUCACAAGACCACUCAAAGAAGGCGCGAGAUAUAUAUCACCGUCGCCUUGUGUGUCUCCCUGUGAUGGUGUAGUUUUAAACUGUGGGCCUGCAGACACAGAUAAAAUAGAACAAGUCAAAGGAGUAACAUACAGCCUAGAGGAAUUUCUCGGUGAGAAUAAAUGGAAUAAAAAAAAAGAUGACAACUAUUACAAUUCAUUAUUAAAUAACAAAGAUAAUGUACUGCACCAGUGCAUCAUAUAUCUGGCUCCCGGAGACUAUCAUCGGUUCCAUUCACCUUGCGACUGGACAGCAACAUUCAGAAGGCAUUUUUCUGGUAAACUUCUAUCUGUAAACCCAUGGUUAGCGAGGCUUAUACCAGGGUUAUUUGCGAUAAAUGAACGAGCUGUUUACGUAGGAGAAUGGAAGCACGGUUUCUUCAGCAUGACUGCAGUAGGAGCUACGAAUGUUGGUUCCAUAGAGAUUUAUAACGAUCCAGAGUUACGGACGAACACAAAAGGCAAACGAAAUAGGAUCAACGAGGUUGACUUAGGACGUGUCGAAUUGAAGAAGGGUGAGUUGUUUGGACAGUUUAACAUGGGGAGUACAAUUAUAUUAUUGUUUGAGGCUCCCAAAGACUUCAAGUUUGAUAUGGCGUCUGGAGAUAAGGUCCUUGUUGGGCAAGCGUUGUCCACAACAUCAAAAGAACAGACUAGAUGACCUGUUCGCUUUGAUUUAGUUUAUAUAGCCCAGGUGGCUAUGGUUUUCUACAUGUUAUCAGUGUUGCUAUGAUUUUUAUAGUAUUGUAAAUAUUUUUUUCAACUAGCAGCCAUCAUGUUUUUAUUAAAGAGGUUUGUGUAUUCAAAUCCUGAGUUAUUUCCCGGUAUCCAAUUUGGCUUAUAAUUUUCUUCUUAGAUAUUGACAUCUAGAUGGGAUUCCUAUAAGUUUCUGAUAAGUUUAUCUGACAGAUAAUGCAAACGAAUUAGUAUAUAUAUUUUUAUAUUUAAUAGAUAUUGAGUUACUAAGGAAAAUCAGCUGAUAAAUAUUGAAUAGUAUUCUAAACUUGUAUGUUUGAUUCAAUUGUAAAAAAAAAAAUAUCAAUGACUUAGAAUAACCUUGUGCUUUGACAAAUUUAAAAAUAGACUUACUAUUUUGUAUCAAAGAAGGUAAGACAAUUAAUUCUUUGUCAGGAAACUUUAUUGACUAGUUAUCAAUUGACUGCAUGGCAAAUCAAUAAUAAAACAC